ACAUAUGGAUCUCAAAAAUUUUCGUACCUCACUUUCUCAUUUCUGUCUGCAGUAUAAUGUGGGUGGAGCGUUUAACAUCUUAAAGUUAACUUGGACGGGAAAAUUGAAACAUAUUACUUUGACGUAUCGCCCAAGAAACGUAGGGUCAGUCAUUGUAACUGCAUCUUCAACGUUGGACGUUUUCCCAACGUUCUACCACGCAGACGUACAUAGCCCCUAUCCGUCAUUGCAACGAUUGUCACAUCCCAUCACUCCAGGUAUGCACGAGUUCAUUGACGUGGUCGUGUCUGAUACCGACACGGCCAGUUUACGGAGCGUCACCUCCGUAGAGUUGACACCCCACGCCAGCCCAGACUCCGCCCACGCCUUGCCGCUACCAACCGCGUCGCCGCGUCCCAACACAUUCGUCAUACUCAACGACUCCAGCGCCAUGCCACAGGGGCCGUUCAGCGUCGUCUACAGUGCACAGGACUCUGACGGCGGAGAGCUUGUCCGCAUAAGUCAGCAGCUAGUGAAGCCGUCCGAGUCUCGCUUGAGCCUGAACAGCGGACGUGAGGUGUGGGGCAAACCAGGGACCAAACUCCCGGUUCACUUCAGCCUCAUCAACACCGCUGACUCGGACGACACCUUUGCCCUGAGUGCUGCUGACGCUCUGGGGUACUCCAUUAGACUACCUCGGAGAAG